AACAAAGGAACUUAAAAAAGUGAAUAUAUUACGGAGUUUAAUCGUUAGCAAGCCUGGCCUCGAGUGCAGAUUCAGACAACGGUGGUGUAUCUCCUCCACCUUUGAAAAAACAACGUCUUGCGAUGCAAUCAUCUACCACCAAUGGCUGUCCAUCUAUGCACAAUGGGGCAACGACGAGCAUCAAGGAAGAUGAACAAAAUGGGGAUCAUUUGCCCGAUAUCUCUACCGAUAAUAAUGAAAUUGGUACUAAAAUCAAAUCUCAAACAGAACAGGACAUCAUCAGACUGAUUGGUCAGCAUUUAAGAGGUCUUGGUCUCAACCGUACAGCAGAACAAUUGAUGCAAGAAUCUGGUUGCCGCCUUGAUCAUCCUACUGCAACUAAAUUUCAAGCUCAUGUAAUGGCUGGAGAUUGGGCAAAGAUGCCACCCACUUAUAAGCAAUGCAUUUGCCCUGCUGAAACUGAUUUAAAUGAUCUCCAACCACUAUUAGAAUCUUCUAAUGCAUUAGUGGAAAUGAGAUUUUUAUUAUUAGAAGAAAAAUAUCUUGAACAGUUAGAAGAUGGAAGGAUUAUAGAAGCACUUCAGUGUCUUAGGCAUGAACUUACACCAUUAAAACAUAACACAACUAGAGUCCAUGAGCUUAGCAGUUAUAUGAUGUGUGGCACAAGUGAUGAAUUAAAACUUAUUUCACAUUGGAAAGGAAAAUGCCAUUUAUCAAGACAGAGACUAAUGGAAAAAUUACAAGGUAUCCUGUUUUAUUCAGAAUAUUGUUAA